AUGGAGAAACCUAAACGCCCAGCAAUUGAUAUCACGGCCGUACGUGAUUUGGAAUCACGUGCCAAUGACAUUCGGGAUAACCUAAACGAAAUGUUAACCAAGUUAAAAUCAAAUAUGGAUCAAAUAUCUCAAGUAACGGUGGACGGAUUAAAAAUUUAUCAACAUAGCGUUGACGAUAUCUGCGACAGCUUAGAUAGAAAUAUUCAUAGCAUGUAUAACCUAAUGUCAAAGUGCGACGAAAUUGAUCGAAAUAUGAAUCCGUUGUAUGAAAUGGCUGCCGAAAUAUAUAUCUGUGUAAACGAAAGUAUAUCUAAAAAUUAA